UCGUACAUUACUUCCUUCCUUGCACUGAGAAGACGAUCUUAACCGAGAGAGAGCUCACCAUGGCAGCUAAUAACGAUUACAGGAGCUACUUGCGGAACCCCAACGAUAUUGAGGGAGGUCAGCCACGCUUCCACCAUGCGCAGACCUCGGAACCGACAUACCGACCACUUCUGUUUGGAACGCUUGCUGUAAUGGGACUGCUACAGGUUGCUUCGAGUGUGGCAAUAUUGUUGCACUUGACAGGUUAUCUCCAUGAGGUAGAUCUCUCCUCAGUUUCGCAUCGACCAAUGGAGGAAGUGCAGACAGAGCCGAUCAUUGCAGAUGCACUGAGGAAUCCAAGGAGAGGCAGAAGGUGCAAGGCCCAAGCAAAGGAAGGACUUCCAUUUGCCCAUCUACCCAUCAUCUACCCCAUCAAAAACACAAACUCAAAGGGUCACAUAGCGAUGAUCCACUGGGACCAAUCCGAGGGCAGCCUGGAGAGGAUGAACUACCACGACGGACGCCUCAUCGUGGAGAAGGAGGGCCUCUACUACAUCUACGCCAAGACCUGCUUCCGCUACCUCGAAACGGAACAGGAGACGCCCGUCAACAUGAGCAACCUUCAGCUCAUGCAGUACAUCUCCCAUGAGAAGCACACCUCGCAGAACGGCACGCCCGUUCAACUGAUGAAAACAGGCAGCACCGUGCACUGGGACGACACCCAGUACAACAUGUACUGUGCCCAGCAGGGCCUGGCUACGAAGUUGAAGGAAGGGGACAGCCUCUAUGUGGAAGUGUCCAAUAUCAGGUUUCUGGACCCAGACACUCAGGGGACGUACUUUGGGGUGAUGAUGUUGAGCAAUUGCGAGGUCUGACCGGAGGGAGGAUGUGCUACUGAACGUAAAUAUGUACAUCUUACUGCAAAUGAACCACUGAGUGAGCACUUGCUACAUGCAAGAGCACUGAAUUUGUUUUGUUGAUAUCAUAUAUAUUUUCGAUUUGAGAUCUUUUAUUCUACAUCACUCUUCAUCGGAUAGUUUCAUUCUCUUUUGUAAAAAAAGAGAAACAGGACUUGUGGGUAUUCAGGUGAGGUGUGAAUACCACUAUCUACUCAAUAAACCCUUAGCAAAUCUCAUCUGAGCACAAUUAGUUUAGUUCAAUAGCAUUUUGAUAUAUUUGAAAAAGGCCAUCCAUUCCAUUUGAAAAAAAUUAUCAAGAGCAACAUUAAGAAUGCUUGUAUACUUCCCCUUGCUUUUUGUAAGAGCGCAUGGAUAACUUUCUCCAAAUAUGCCAGACCUUCAGUGGAGAAUAAACUGUGCUUGUUUAUCACCAAGUUUCAGGAAGUCAUCAGUCAUAUCUAGUAGAUCCAAUAAUAGUUUAGUUUACUAAACGUUGUCAUGGUUAUAAAAACACAGCUGUGACUUAAUGUUCCUGGUAGUGGGUGCUGGUGAGUAGACAGCAGUCUGUUUCUCAGCAGUAGCCUACAGAGGCUGCAAAAGUAAAACAUUUGAAAUUCAGCAGUCAGCUGUUGCUUGACUGAAUAUUUGCUGAACGACGACCAGAAAUGGAUUUGUGAACAGUUGCUCUAUAGUACAGCACAGUUCCGUGACAUAGUACUUCACUGCUAUUUCUGUUUUCCAAGAAAAUAUACAUUGCACAGUAUAUACAUAAUUGCAUUGGUUGUGUCCAUAUUUCACUGGUAAAAUCUGAACUACACCUUGGAAGUGUGAAUGGCACAUCAUCUGGAUGUCUGAUGUUUUGGGAUGUUUUUGUCCCUAUUGCAGUGGUGUCCACCUCUGUACCCAAUGUAAGUACUAAUCUGAUGGGAGUACACAAGCAAGUUAUCAAUACAUCAGAUAGCUGGACUGUCUGACCAAACAAGCAAACAAGAAGAGAGAUUAUUGUCUUAUGAAACUAGUGGAACCAAAUCGACUUUGGAUCCAUCUUUAAUUUAAACCUCCUUUUUUUCAUUUGACUCUUUACUGAGGUAAAUGGGAAUAUGCACAAAAUGUAUUUAUUUAUUAGAUGUCAGAGAUGGAUCAUUGUUACAAUGAUCAGUCAGCUGUAAAUCAAUAUUUUGUAUUGCAUUUUGCAGCACUUAGAUCCUUAGUAGAUGCGCUUUUCCAUUGAAACACAGGGGCUCAAUAUUAGAUUAAAUAUUUAUGUACAUUUGUUCUCUGACAAUUCUGUGUGCUCUUGCCUAGCGAAAGCAGAAUAUACUUUUCUUGCCAUAAGAUUGUAGCAAACUUACAGUAAAACAUUUUUCAUCUUUGUAUCUUUUUUCGUAUUUGUUUAUUUAUAUCAGUUUAACAAAUAAAACAAUUACUUUUCUAAAAA